ACAGCUGAACUCCCCACCGCCCAACGCAAAGAAGCUGUGGCUGAUAACGUGAUGCUUUCGUAUGUGUGUGUGUGUGUGCCCGCGCGCGCCCCCCCCCUUGGUACUAAGAAUGCUUGUUUGUGUGUGUGUGUGUGUGAGACAACUGAUGAGAAACUAGACGAGAGCUCUGAGGGUGGGAAGGUGGUAGAGCUGUUAUGUAGUGGAGCCAGAGGUCUGUGCUAGCUCCACAUACAGCUGAGGAAAUUGUGAGAGCUGGUGAGGCUGUUCAGGAUGUUUUGGGGCAAGAGAGUCUGUUCUGUUUCCAUUCUUCUGUGACCGCGAGUCUUCUGAGGUGGUGAAGAAGAACUACAGCUGGAACAAGUUCAUAUUUUGGCAUUUGUUUGUGCCAGGAGCCAACUAAAUCCCGGGAGAGUUGUGACAGCUUCAUUCAAGAGAAGAUCUUUUUUUAGCCCAGUAUUAUGGAGAAAUUCAAGGCAGCCAUGGUUCUGGGUGCUGUUGGUGAUGCUUUGGGCUACAGAAAGGGCCGUUGGGAAAAAUGCACCUCAGGCAAGAAGAUCCAAGAGGAACUGGCUUCUCUGGGAGGACUGGGGGCCCAGAAACUGGACCCAGAUAACUGGCCCCUGAGUGAUGCAACGCUAAUGCACAUCACCACAGCAGAAGCACUUGUAACAGAUUACUGGUGUCUGGAGGAUCUGUACCGGGAGCUGGUGCGUCUCUAUGUUGAAGCCAUGGUGUCUCUCCAGGGCAGAGCCCCUGAUCCUGCUACAGUGGAGGGCUGUGUUCACCUCAAACCUCACAACUUCCUGCUCGCCUGGCAUACACCCUUCAAUGAAAAAGGGUCCGGGUUCGGGGCAGCUGCCAAGGCCAUGUGUGUGGGUAUGAGAUAUUGGCAACCGGAGAGACUAGACAGCCUGGUGGAGGUCAGCAUUGAGAUUGGCAGAAUGACCCACAACCACCCCACAGGCUUCCUAGGCUCCCUGACAACGGCACUGUUUGCAUCCUAUGCGAUCCAGGGGAAACCUUUUGUGACUUGGGGCCGCGAGCUCAUGAAAGUCCUCCCUCGGGCUGAGGAGUUCUGCAGGAAGACCAUACGACACAUGUCAGAGUAUCAGGAAAACUGGUUCUACUUUGAGGCCAAGUGGCAGUUUUACCUGGAAGAGAGAGAGAUAGACAAGGAAGGACAGAACAAACCUUCGUUCCCUGACCGCUAUGACGCUGAGGAGACAGACAAGCUGUAUAAGCGCUGGAGCUCAGAGGGCCGUGCGGGCCGCAGAGGUCAUGAUGCCCCCAUGAUAGCCUACGAUGCCCUUCUGGCAGCAGGGAGUGACUGGGCUGAACUGUGUAAAAGAGCCAUGUUCCAUGGAGGUGAGAGUGAAGCCACAGGCCUGAUCGCAGGUUGUCUUUAUGGCCUCAUGCAUGGCUUGAGUCAGGUUCCCCCAGGCCUGUACCAGGAUUUGGACAAAAGAGAGCGUCUGGAAGAGCUGGGAGAAAAGCUUUACAAAUCAGCAUCUGCAGAGAGGUGCAUAGACAAGUAAUCCUGCUCUUCAAUGGUCCGAACCCUACUGGCUAUCAGAGGAACUGCACAUGUCAACUGCUUCCCUUUAUCCCACGCUGCCCUCUAGUCGCUCUUGGUCCACUCUUUGCCUAUCUUGCCCUCCUGUCCUUGAUUUGUCUAUGCCUAUCUGUCUUGAUUUGGACAUUUUGAAGCACCUGCCACUGUAGGUGUGAGGCAGAGGAACAUCAAAAGGGAGACCAUUUAGGGUACUGAGUUCAGCCUUUGUCUGUCAUGAAUGCUUUCUUGUGAGAUCAUCUCUCUAGAGCUACAUCUGCAAUCAGUUUGCAUACUGUACAUUUCAUGUUUUGUUGAUCACAGGAAAGAACAGCCUGUCUCCACCUAAUAUUAAAUUACAGAACUGUGAGGCAAUAAAAAAAACUCUUCUGCUAAACUAGUUAAAUUCUCAAAAUGAACUAACAAAAGAUAAUUUCCUUCUAUGACCUUUUCCUUUUCUAAAGCUAAACUGUAUUAACAUGAAGUGCACAGUUAUGUUCUUCAACACAUUGCGCAAACUUGAUGAAAGCCUUACUGACUUUAAGAUACUCCUCUCUCCACAGUAAGUUUCAAUAUUUUUUAAUAUACAUACAUCUUGGUGUUUUAAUGCAUGUAACGUGGUGGACAUUUUAAAAUAAUUUUACUUUUAUGCAUAACAAUAUUGAGUUGUGGAAUAGUAAUUGUUUUAUCUACUACCGUGAUCAAUUAUUAUUUGCACUGUGAUGCUCUUAUCAGGUAUUACUGUGCUAAUUGUAAAAGCACCAUUACAUGGUGAAUAUUAACAUGAUAUGGACAUUAAAAUGGACUCAGAUAUAUAUACUAUAA